ACAGAGAUAUCUGCAGAACCGUCCCCUAUACGAGACUCACUAUCGGGACAGGCGGUGACAGCUGAUCACAGGUAAACAUGUCAGCAGAGGUUGAAGAAACCCUCAAGAGGAUCCAGUCCCACAAGGGUGUGGUGGGAGUCAUUGUGGUCAACUCAGAAGGCAUCCCCAUCAAGAGCACGCUGGACAACCCCACCACUAUCCAGUACACCGGCCUCAUCAGCGGACUCACGGACAAGGCGCGCAGUGUGGUGAGGGACCUUGACCCCACCAACGACCUCACAUUCCUGCGCGUCCGCUCCAAGAAGCACGAGAUAAUGAUUGCUCCAGACAAGGAGUACAUGCUGAUCGUCGUGCAGAACACCAAUGAAUAGCAACAGCCAAGCAUUCCUUCUCACCGCCCCCAUGUGUGUCCACCCUGUACUCCCUUAAGGUGAUUCUAAAAUAAAUAGUUAUCAUGUA